GACCAGCCAUGUCCAGCCCAGGGCUGCUGCUCCUGCUUUUGCUGCUGGCAGCACCCCCACUGUGUCCCUCCCCCCUGUCCCCACCAGACACUCCAGAGGGUAAGGCCACCCUGGCCGGUCUCAUCCUCUCUGUGCUGGAGAGAGCCACCUCCUUCCUGAAGAAGAGGCUGCCGGAAAUCAACCUGGACGGCGCGGUGGGCUUCCGCGUCCUGCAAGCACAGCUGAAAGGCACUCAGGAGGUGUGGACCCGAGACCCGUUGCUGCAGCCACUGAGCCUGCGCAUGGGGGAGCUGGCAGAGAGGCUGGAGGGGCUUCUGCGUGCAUCCAUGGUCUACCUCAACUUGAGCGACCCCAAGUACCUAAAAGAAUUCCAGCCCAUCCUCCAGCCUGGUUUCUGGAAGCUCCCCACUGCCUGGACCCGCACCACUGCCUCCCUGGUGUAUCCCAAGCUCGAGGCCCAGGACUCCUUCUCGGAGGAACACAGCGACCAGUGUCUGGUGCAGCUGCUGGGAACAGGGACAGACAGCCACCAGCCCUGCAGGGUCUCCGACUUCUGCAGGACCCUCAUGACCAAGCCCAGCUGCUGGGGCUACUCCCUGUCCCACCAGCUGCUCUUCUUCCUCAUGGCCAGAAUGAAGGGCUGCACAGAGGGGCUGUUCUUCCAGAGCCAGAGCUACAUGAGCCGCUUCUGCGCCAACAUGAUGGACCUGAACCACAGAGUGGAGGCCGUGGGAUAUGCCUACCCCGUGCGGGACAUCUUUAUGGAGAACAUCAUGUUCUGUGGAAUCAGCGGCUUCUCAGACUUUUACAAACUCAAGUGGCUGGAGGCCAUUCUUGGCUGGCAGAAGCAGCAGGGGUGCUUCGGGAGACCUGGAUGCAGAGUUCCCUGAACCCGCUCAACACCAAC